AUGGUGGGAGUUGCCGCUGGCACCGCCGAGGGCGGAAGAAGGAUGGCCGGGACAAUGAGUGGCGUGGACGGCGGCGGGGGCGGUCCCGGCGGACCGUCAGGGGUGCCUCACAACUUUUUGCUAGACCACGUUUCGCCGGCGACGCGUCUGCUCGAAAAGCGGCGACAGAUGUUCGAAAUACAGGAGGCCCUCGAGGCGCAGAAGGAAGAGUUCUCCAGGCGGGAAGAUGCGUUCCGAAGACGAGAGGAUGCCCUACGGAAGAAGGAUCUAGAACUGCAGGAAUCCCUCAUCAAGUUCAACAAGUUUCUCCAGGAAAACGAAAGCAAACGGAACAGGGCGGUAAAGCGGGCGGGCGACGAACGCAAGCAGCGGGAGCAAAAGGAACAGGAGAUCAUCAAGCUGAGGAAGCAGUGCCGAGAGCGGCAAGACGAGGAGACACGUCUCAAGAGAGACCUUGAAGAGCACAGACGCUAUCACGACUUUCUCGCCCAGGUAGUGGAAGCGGCGACCGAGGACUACUCGGAAGUGCAGGACCUGCUCAAGCGAUUCGCUACCCUCAAGGACGCCAACAAGAACCUUAACGAGGCCCAGGCGAGGGACGAGGGGGAGACAGAGAGGCUGAGGUCGGAGUUCAGCAACUACACCAAAGAGAGAACGAACGAAAUCUUGAACGAGAGCAACGAGAUAGCCGGGAUGCAGAAGCUGCUAGAGAUGACGGGGCGAGAGGUGCUGCUCCUGCAGAACGAGCUCGAUAACAAGAUCAGCAACAUGUCCGACAGGACGCUGGAGAUGGGGCAGGUUCUCGGUGCGGUGGCGAACAUCCUCGAUAGGUGUGUCGGAGCCCGGGCGAAACGAGGGGUCGGAGGGGCCACAUCCAAGGCAGUCGAAGUGCGAGCUCCCAACGGCAAGUCCGGGCCUGUGAGCAAGUCAGGCCCGAAGAAGCUGGAGGACCUCGAGGCCGAGGGUAAGCUGGCGAUGGACCGGCUCGAGGACAUCGCGAAUUACAUGGGCGAUUACCGGGACAUCGUGGACGAGUACGCGGAUUUACACAGAGUGCACAAGAGACUGGAGGGGGCCACCCCCCACACCACUGGGGGGGGCGCGCCCUUGGCAGCAAUAGCAGCAACGGCGGAAGCCAAGACAACGGUAGCAGCACCCUCGGUGGACGCGAAAAUUUGA